AACAAAGAGCUUGUAUGUAUAUAUUUUUCAAUUUGAAAAUACAACAAAAGUAUUUAACGUUGUACCGCAAAGACUGACAUUUGGUCAAGGAAUCAUAUGAUGAAAAUACAAAAAUCUCCGAUGACGACAGGGAUUAGAAGAAUGCUCUGAAGGUCGGUGUCCAGUCGUAUGCUUUAAGUAUGGAAGGCCUGAGCUUGGAGUACAGAGAUCUGGAGUCGACGACAGAAAUUUGUAGACGUAAGAAUGGUCCACAGGCCACAGAAAAUACGAUAAGCCAGAAAUUAGAACUCUUACAAGAGCUGUUGAAGCAGAAGAAAGAUCUCACGAAUCGAAAACACCGUUGUCUACCUAAGACCCAGAGUUUAGAUCAAACGACGAAUUGCUUUCAUCAAGAGACUCUACAAAAAGCCACUCAUUUACGACAGCGAAAGAUUUCAACGCAACUAAAGAUGGACACACUCCAAAAGAAGCUUCAAGACGACAAAAAGUGGGAACCGAAAAGCAUCUACAAAAUUCCACAGAUACAACAGCAUUUCCAGGAUCAGCUAGUCGAGCUAAACCGAACAUUACAAGAGAUCGACAGUGACCUGGGUAAGGCCGAACAUGAGUUAGGAGAGAGUUUCAGAGAACUGAACAUUGUUAGCAACACUCAUGUUAAGAAGCAUACUAGUAGAAAUAGUCCCUUUAGGCGGGAUCAACCCGAAAUCUAUCAAGAAAAACUACCUAAAAUUCGAAUAUCCAAAUCUGUAGAUGACUGUAGGGAUGUUUCUCUCAAAACCAAAGCUACAAAGCUGAUUUCUUCUCCGAAGUUACGAAAGCUGAAAGAUGAUAGCGCUAAAACAGGAUCGCCCAUGUCCUCGUCUUGGGUUGCUAAAACCUUUUCCAAAGAAGAAGAUUGUGACUUCAUGGCUGAUCGGAAACAAAGCCAAUUAAGCUUAAGUCCACACACUAUAAAAUUGAGAAAAAGUCCAUUGUGCGUUCUUGGUAAUUUCAUGGAAGCUCAAAUCCGAGAAAGAAUAAUGUUACACAGAAGAAAUAAAUCUGCAGAACACAACGUAGAAGCAGCCAAAAAAGACUACGCACAUUUCAGACGGAGAUCGACUUCAAACGAAAAUAUUGUCUUCAGAAGUCGUAAUAGUGCUGCAUCAAGAUCAGCAGGGAAGUUGGGCGAGGAUGCACAACCAGCUGAAAAAGACAAAUGUCAGAUACGUGAUGAGCAUAACAACACCUGCUACCCUAAGAACAUUGAAAAUGAGGGAUAUACCAAAGUAAAGACUGUAAUCAAGCCUGAAGUCUUGGCAGAAAUUAAAGCCAACACAUGGAUAUGAAUUCCAGUUUCUAUGAAAUAAAAAGGUGAGGAAUGACUCUUAAAUCAUAAAAAGGACAAAAACUGAACUUGUGGCCAAAGAAAAAAGAAAAAUGGAUGUCGAAACUAAUUUAUCAACAAAAGUAAACAAUAAACCAUGAGGAAAAGAACUGGACAGGAAAACAGCAACUCACACUUCAAAACCAAUAUCCAGGGUUUUUUGAACAUCCGAUAAGUUAGUGCACCUAUCUUUAUCAGUAGGUAAGGUGUAUGAGGUGCAUGCUAAGAACAUGUCAAAAUCUUACCUAGGCGAAACUGGAAGAAGUAC